AUGGCAAAUUGUGACUUUCAAAAGCCCGGCCCCUUACUUUUGGAUGGAAAUGUCAAAGAGAAUUGGCGCAAAUUUAAUAACAUGUGGAAAAUAUAUACGGUGGCUACAAAAACGAACACGGAAAGUGAGGCUAUCCAGACUGCUAGAUUUUUAUCAUGUGCUGGAGAAAAGGCCAUUGAAAUAUUUCAAACACUUCCUUUAGCUGAAUCUAAAAAAACUAAAAUUAAUGAAGUAAUAGAAGCGUUUGAAGCGUAUUGCAUGCCAAGGAGCAACGUGGUCUACGAGCGAUAUAUAUUUUUCUCACGAAACCAAAAAGAAGGAGAGCCAUUUGAACAGUUUUUAUCUGAUAUCAUUAAAUUGGCAGAAAGCUGUGAUUUUGAUUGCCAAAAGGAGGACAUGAUCAGAGAUCGAAUCGUCAUGGGUAUUGCAGAGCAAAACAUUCGAUUGCAACUUUUGAAGACAGACAACCUGGACCUGACUAAAGCCAAGGAGCUUUGUCGCGUGGCGGAGCAAGCAAGUAUGCAAGCUCAACAGAUAUUUCCAAAUAAUGUGACGAAGAGGAGAGACCACCUAACUAGCGAAGAACAAAGACCUUCGAGUUCGGGAAAAAAUAUAAACAUUAUUGGAUGCGACAAGUGUAAAAGAAAUCAUAUUCCAAAUCGCUGUCCAGCUUUUGGACAAAGAUGUUUGAGAUGUGGCAAGUAUAAUCAUUUUGCCUUAGCAUGUAGAUUUAAGAGUGUAAAUGACAUUAACAGUAACGAAAUUACUCAUGAAGAUGAUGAGGAUGACUCAUAUAUUGAUUCGGUUGAGGUGGUCGGUUUUAGUUCAGUUGGUGACAUUUAUUCGAUAAAUCAGGUUCGACAAAGUUGCAGGAGUUGGUAUGAAAAUAUCGCGGUAGAAAAUAGUUUAAUUAAAUUUAAAUUGGACAGUGGGGCUGAUGUUAACGUUAUACCACUAAAAGAAGUUCAAAAGUUGAAUUUAGAACAUAAAAUAAGACAGGGUUUAGUUAGUCUUCAAGUUCAGUAUAAAAAUAAAAUUGUUGAUGCAGAUUUCAUGGUAGUUGGUUGUGAUUCAAAACCAUUGUUAGGGCUUAGUUCAUGUGUGGACUUAGGGUUGAUUCAAAGAGUAAAUGAGGUUAGCAACAUUGGUCAAUUUAUUCAUAAAAAUAAUGACGUUUUUUCGGGCGAUGGACGAUUCCCAGAUAAAUGCUCAUUAGAAUUGAAACCAGAUAGUUAUUCUGUGAGUAAGCCACCGAGGCGAAUACCAAUAGGCAUGAGGCAAAAAGUUAGAGAAGCACUAGAGACCAUGGAACGUCGUGGAAUAAUCAGUAAGCGUGAUCAACCUUCAGCAUGGUCACACCAGCUAGUAGUUGUUGAGAAGGCUAAUGGAUCCUUGAGAUUAUGUCUUGACCCAAGUGCCCUUAACAUGAACUUGAAAGACGAGCACUUCAUAAUUCCUACACUGGAUGAUUUUUGUGACGCAAUGCGGGAGCUUAAGUACUUUUCUGUUUUUGAUUUAAAGGAGGGCUUCUGGCAGCUUGGCUUGUGUGAAAAAUCGAAAGAAUUGACAGUUUUUAGUACGCCAUUUGGAUCUUUACCUGGCACAUUUGUUUACAUUGAUGAUGUCAUCGUUGGAGGAAAAACUAAAAAAGAGCAUGAUGAAAAUGUUGAGAGAGUAUUAAAAAGAGCUCGUGAAGUAAACGUUAAAUUUAAUAGAGAUAAACUGCAGCUUUGCGUAAAUAAGGUUAGAUAUUUGGGUCAUGUUUUUACUGGUGAUACAAUUUCUCCAGAUCCAAGUCGAGUUGAAGCUAUUAUAAACCUAAAAGAACCACAAGACAGAAAACAAUUAGAAAGUGUUAUGGGGAAUUGUUAA